UGAAAUUCUCAACUCCUCUACUACUGCGAUCUAUUUCAACACUUAAUCACCAAGAAGACGCAUAUAAGGUCUAUGCGAAUGAAGUCGAACCGUGGAGAUCAAAACACCGAAUAAACUCAACGCUUUACUUUAUUCUAACUAGGAACAAAACCUCCAUGGCGAAUACUCGAUCUACACAAGGCAAAAAUCUCGAACGAAGUAAAAGUACUUGACAUUUGAUCCCUGUCACUCAUUUUAAAAAUACCAUAAAUGUAACGCAACGUCUCCUGAACAGUAAUAAUGAACGAUUACGAUAGCCAUGGCGAUAGCGAUAACGUUGAGGACGACGGGAACGAUACCGAUGGUCUUAGCGAUGAUAAUGAUAACGAUAACAUCAAUCAGCCAAACUUGACUAUUCGCCGAUGUGUGUGUUCUUUGCUUUUCCUGCCUCAAGUACACUACAAGAUCGAUCCUCGGGGGAUACCCUGGAUAGGAGGUGUCUUGUGGUUCUCUUAAUUCACUCAGUAGAGACCAGUGUUCAUUGGCGACCUUACCCUCCGAAUUUGUCAAGCCAAACAUUAGGAUGGUACCUCUGGUUGACAGAGACUCAUGCAUUUUUUUUAAUUUAACAACAGUUGUCUUCGCGAAAGUAAAUCAUUGGAUGUAUCAUAUAUAUCGGGAGGGAAUCAUGUGUCUGUGGCUGGGGCCUACUUAUCCCUUGGUAAUGAUUUACAAGCCGGAAUUCGCAGAGGUCAUCUUGAGCACCUCAAAACAUAUAACAAAAGCUCCAGAUUACAGCUUGCUUCACCCUUGGCUCGUUACACCCACGGCUAUUAACAAGGUUAUAGAUGAACGAAUUCGCGAAAGAUCAAACAAGAUAGCGAAAGAGAAAGAGGAGAAGAGUGGAGACGAAAAUGAUUUCAAACGAAAGAAGCGCCUGGCCUUUCUCGACCUGUUACUUGAUGCUUAUGACAACGGAGAAAUAUCAAAGGAAGGCAUCAGGGAAGAAGUAGACACAUUUACCUUUGAGGGACAAGACACCACUGCAGGUGGUAUGACAUGGGCUUUGUACCUCCUCGGACGCCAUCCUGACAUACAGAAAAAAGUUGUACAUGAAGUGGAUUCCUUUUUCGAAACUCGUCCAGACACUGUAACGGUAGAGGACGUCAAGUUCCGUUACCUGGAGUGUGUCCUCAAGGAAGCUCAAAGGAUAUUUCCAUCUGUGCCAUUCUUCUCAAGGUUGACCACUGAGAACUGUGAACUGGGAGGGUACUUUAUUCCUAAAGGAACCACUAUUGGAGUAUCGACUUUACAGCUUCACAGGAACUCGGAAAUGUGGCCUGAACCCUGCAAGUUCAACCCUGAUCGUUUUCUUCAAGAAAACAUUCAAGGACGGAAUCCGUACGCGUUUAUUCCUUUCUCCGCCGGACCAAGGAACUGCAUCGGUAGGCUCGCCAAGGGUUCGUUUCACGAUCAGAUUAGUUUGAGGGGCUUAAAAAGGCAAG